GUAUUGCCUUCAGUUCCUAACUUCCAGAGACUCAUCAUGUCGGAGACUGCUCCUGCCGCCCCCGCCGCCGCGCCCCCUGCGGAGAAGACGCCUACAAAGAAGAAGGCGGCCAAGAAGCCCGCUGGGGUGCGCCGCAAGGCGUCUGGACCCCCGGUGUCCGAGCUCAUCACCAAGGCUGUGUCCGCCUCCAAGGAGCGCAGCGGGGUCUCCCUGGCCGCGCUCAAGAAGGCGCUGGCGGCCGCGGGAUACGAUGUGGAGAAGAACAACAGCCGCAUCAAGCUGGGGCUGAAGAGCCUGGUGAGCAAGGGUACCCUGGUGCAGACCAAGGGCACCGGCGCCUCCGGCUCCUUCAAACUCAACAAGAAGGCGGCUUCCGGCGAGGCCAAGCCCAAGACGAAGAAGGCAGGCGCGGCUAAGGCGAAGAAGCCUGCGGGUGCAGCCAAGAAGCCCAAGAAGGCGACCGGAGCCGCCACACCCAAAAAGGCGGCCAAGAAGACCCCGAAGAAGGCGAAGAAGCCCGCGGCUGCUGCUGUGACCAAGAAAGUGGCCAAGAGCCCCAAGAAAGCGAAGGUCACCAAGGCCAAGAAGGUCAAGAGCGCCUCUAAGGCUGUAAAGCCGAAGGCUGCCAAGCCCAAGGUUGCUAAGGCCAAGAAGGUUGCAGCCAAGAAAAAGUAGGCUGACUUCUCUUAACAAUCCAAAAGGCUCUUUUCAGAGCCACCACUUUCCACCAAAGAGCUGUGACAUUUGUGUAAUGAAGCAAGGGUGCGUGGGACUCAAUGCAGGCUGCUCGGCGGGAUAGGUGGGGUUUUCAUCCCCUUUGUGCCGGGUGGCUCGGGAAGUGCUAUGUACCGGCGCACCCUCCCAUGGCUGUCAGCUGCAGAAAGCAACCCUUGGCGCCAGUCCGUAUUGGACUGCAAGGUGGUUUGAAAGUUCCGCCCUGCUUGUGGGUUGGCUCACUCCCGCCCAGGACUUUGGUCCUUAGUUUGAUUGGGCGCCAUCCCGAAGUUGGAGCUUCUUGCUUGGAUAAACGCAUCCGGAACUUGUAGGUGACUUUUGUGCUCAGCCUCUCUGGUGCGUGUUAGCCUUCAAGUUUAGAAGGAGGUCGGGUGCUGUCGCCAAUAUAUAAAGACGUAAGGGAUAGCUGCCGGGACCCAGGACUGAGACGAUCGUUUCUGGUACUUUCGGUUUGUUUGCUACACCAGUGGAGUUGUGAGUUGAACUGCGUCACAACCUUGGUCAGCCAUUUUUAAUUUUUAAAGAUCAUUACCAUUGCCGGUUAUUUUACUUGCUUUGCCUUAUUUUAAUACAGGGUAGUUGUAGAUUAACAUUGCCUCAGCUUCCCGAAGCGCUUACUUUAUACGUGUGUGUCGUCACUAAAUAUUGAUCUUGCAUAAAUUUCUUGGUAAUGCUUUGUACAGUUAAAAAUGUUAAUAAACUGUCAAAAGGUGUGUACUUCUAAUAAAAAACCUUUAGAUUUCA